GGCAUUUCAACAGGAAAAAAUGAAAUUAUUCGAUUUAUUUUUGUUUCAGCAUUUUAAAUAUUUAAUAAAAUGUGAAGAAAGGAAAAGGGAGGAUCGUAUACAAACUUUUAUAUUUCAUGCAAAAUGUGAAGAUAUAUUUUAUUUUCAAUUCAUCUUUACUUCACCAGGAUUAUUCCAUAAAAAUUUAAUAUCGCUAUAGGAUGGCCGCAGAGCAAAAUAGCAAGAAUGUGGAUGUAUAUACUGUUCCCACUACAGAAUCCAUUCCCCAAGAGAAAGCCGAUAAAGAGAAAUUCUGGCACAUCGACAAAGAAAUGCUACGCUUUAAAGCGCAUUACUUUCUGUUCGCAGGAGCUUUUGGCGCUUGCUUGCCUUACUUAACAAUUUUCGCUCAGAAAAGGGUUGGAAUUUCAGCUUCAGCACUUGCUGCAAUCCUGACGACUCAGCGAUGUGUCUGCAUCUUCACCAAGCCAUCGAUUGGAUACGUUUCCGACUACUUCAACAAACUGAAAGUCAUCAUCUGUACUCUUUCAGUAGUCUCAACAAUUUUUUUACUUUUGCUUUUAGUUGUACCAAAAAUCGAAAAAGGGGAAGAAAAUACAACUAUUCAUCAUGCUGUAGAUAAUAGUACGUGUUAUGAGCUUUCCGACAACUCUGAAGCAUACAUAAAAUGUGAAUUUUACCACAAUGACAGCUCAGAAUUCACUGAAAUUCAAUACUUUAAUAAAAGCAAAGAUGAUUGUUUGCGUUUUCAGUCAUUGCAGAAUAUGUCAGAUUUUCUUAACCAUUGUUCCGGAAAUAAGAAGAAUCAUGAAAAUGAAAGCAAUAAAUCUGAGGACAUCAAAGUUUUGAUAGAUAAAUUAAAUACUAUCUCUCCUCGAACUAAUUCUUUUCUAUGCCAAGUGUGCAAUCUUGCUGAGAAAAGCCAGAGUAUGAACUGUGAAUAUCUGAAGUCUAGUACAAACAGAAUUUCAAUUAAAGAAACGCGUCUAAGUGAUUUUCAGAGAUAUCAGUUUUGGCUUUAUGCAUUUAUUUCGACAAUCACUACAGUAUUUGGCAAUAGUCUUUUUACUCUAACUGAUACAGCAUGUUGUGAAAGUGUUCAAAAAAGAGGCGCUCAAUUCGGUCGCCAAAAUCUUUGGGGCUCCAUUGGUUGGGGUUUGAUGUCUCCCAUAAGCGGACUUCUUAAUGAUUAUACUGGCGACUUUUUGGCUUCAUGGCUUUUGAGGGCAGCCAUGUCUUUCGUGUCUUUACUGAACAUGACUAAACUCGAAAUAAUAAAACCUAAUUUUUCGAAAAAUCUUAUGAAAGAUGUUGGAACAGUCUUAUCUUCAAAAGAAUUCCUUGCUUUCAAAUUAUGUGUGUUGAUGAACGGUGUUGGAACAGGAAUUAUGUGGUUUUAUUUCGUCUUGUUCUUGACAGAUAUCGGGGGAAGUCGUUUCCUUUGUGGAAUGGUCAGUUUUGUCCAGUGCUUUUUCGGCGAAAUUCCACUCUUGUUCUUUUCGGGUUGGAUAAUUAAAAAGAUUGGUCACUUCAAUGUUCUAACAUUAGCACUGACAGCCUAUACCAUUCGUUUUUUCUGGUAUAGCCAGUUGCAGAAUCCUUGGCUUGCUCUUCCUGUAGAAGUGCUGCAGGGCUGUACAGAGGGUUUAUUUUAUUCUAACAUGGCUUCUUUUGCCAAGCUUAGUGGUAAACCUGGAACAGAAGCAACAACUCAAGCAGUGUUAGUCACAGCUCAUGAAGGGUUAGGUAUUGGUAUCGGAUGCGUGAUAGCCGGACUCGGUUUCGAUUCUAUAGGAGGCCACAGGACUUUUUUGUACACAAGCAUAUACAUGUGUUGUGCAGUGGUUUUAAGCCUAAUUCUACAUUUACUCGUAAGAAAACAAAAACGCAGCAUUAGUGUGACUACAGAUAUAAAUGCAUAAUAGUUUCUUAACAUUUUUUUAUACAUUUUUUUCUACCUCAC